AUGGCGGCCGAGGCGGCGGCAGCGGCGGCUCCGGCCGAGGCGGUGGUGGCGCCUCCGCUCCUGGCGCUGGAGCCGCGGCUGCAGCGCGAGUUCCAGCAGAAGGUGCAGCGCGUGCGGCAGAGCCGCGCCGCCAAGGAGCGGCCGUCGGCCGGGACCGUGUACGUGGGGCACGUGCCGCGCCGGCUGGCCGAGCCGCAGCUGCGCAGCUACUUCAGCCAGUUCGGCACCGUCACGCGGCUCCGCCUCUCCCGCAGCAAGAAGACCGGGGGUAGUAAAGGCUAUGGAUUUAUUGAGUUUGAAUCCGAUGAUGUGGCCAAGAUUGUUGCAGACACRAUGAACAACUACCUGUUCUGCGAAAGACUUCUCAAGUGCCAGUUCAUACCUCCCGAGAGGGUGCACAAGGACCUCUUCAAGGACUGCGGCAGGAAGUUCCGGAAGCCUUCGCAGCCCGCAGUCGGGCGCUACAACAAGAUUCGCUCUGCCAGCGAGAAGGCCAAGAUGGCAAAGAGGCUGCUCCGGAAGGAGAGGCUCUUACGGAAGAGGCUGGCUGAGAAGGGGCUCGAUUAUGACUUCCCYGGAUUUGCAGCACAAAAACUUCCCAUAAAGAAAAAGAAAGUUAAAAAAUCCAAGCUGAAGCUGGAUCUUUCUUUGAACAGCCAGGAUCCUACGCCGGUGUGUACUCCUACAGUGCUUGAGCGCCGGAAAGCUCACGAGGCAGAUGAUGACACAGAGGACAAGGAAGUAACUGUCAGACUGCCUCCCAGCAGUGUAGAGAAUGCUGUGCAGAGACCAAAGAAACAGAAAAGAAAAAAAGCAAACCUGAAGAAACAGAAAUAAACUUAAAAGUUAUGGUGUCUGUAGCUAAGUUUUUCCUUAACUCCAARCCUGGUGAGGGGGAGCUUCUCCUGGUUCUGCUGAUGUGUGUCAGUCUGUCUUACUGGACUGUAGUGUUGCAGCCUUUCAAGGAAUGUGUUCAUCUCCUCUUUAGCUAUCGGGAGCUACAGAUUUUCUUGACUUUACUUUCAUGCCAGUGUUCUGACCUGCYUGCUGGGACCUUCAGUUAAUUCUGUAACUUCUCUAGUACUCACUGCUUUGCAAGAUGUGAGGCUGUCUGUGCAGGGUUUGCUGAUGGGGUUGUAUUUUACACUAAUAAUUAGUGACAGUCUAUAAAAAGGUUUUCU